GAUAUUUCCAUUUUAUUUUUUAGGUAUAUUUCGACAACCUAUUGCAGUUAGUACGUUUUGACACGUGGGGUGAUAACGGACACGAGGUGGAAAUACAAGAUUUCAACACAGGUAUCUCCUACAAGAUUAAUAAGGACGAGAGUUGUACCCGUGGGGCCAUCAUGAACUCCCCAGCCGAGAAGUUUGGAUUAGGUUUCUUGGGAAGCCUAAAGAAUAGCACCGAGUUCUUAUCUCUGGACAGAGAUUACUACCACAUUGGCUACAACUUCGUACGAGGAAUAAGAUGUAACGUAUGGGAGAAUGUGAGAACCAAUGUAACUAUAGGAGGGAAAACUUACAGGAAAGUAGUCCUCACCUACUAUUUCAUGACGCAAUGGUGGAAAUCAUUUGUAAGUGGUGUUCCCGAGAACGAAAAACCGGUUCGUUACCAGAUAACAGGCUACGAAAAAGACGAUGCCGAACCGACGCUAAAAGAACAGUACAACAUGUUUGCUUUCCGAGAUGCUGGCAUUGACUUGAAAAUGUUUGAGAAAUUCAGCAUUGAGGACUGUGAGUUCAAAGAUGAAACGGAAUAUUUCCAAAUCCUUUUUGAAGUGGACAGGAAUAAAGUCGCCAUUGCCCGGAUGAACGACCAACUAUUUCGAACUUAUUUGUUGAUCCUCCUAGCGGCGAACAUGGGCGUAUCACCGAUUAGGCUUCCCUUUUUAAGAGCUGACUAUUCUGACUCGUCAAUUUUAGUGAGUGUCUUACUCCUGGAGAAACCACCAUCACUAACUGGAUUCUCCCUGCUUAAUGUUGAUGACUUCCGUAUACCUAGGAAGACCGAGAAAAACGCGGGAAGAGUAGAGAACAUAGACGAAUGUGCAGCGAAGUGUCUUCAGGAAAAAUCUCCUUUGUGCAAAUCGAUCCACUAUUGCGAUCAUCAAUGUUUCCUCAACCCCAAAGACAUCUCUGAAGAGUGGGGAGAUCCAGUUGGAAAUUACAAAAACUGUGAUUUCUAUAUACGGGCUGUCUCUAAUGCCGCAGUUUUCCAGGUGAAAAACGAGGAAGCACUGAAAAGUCUAGAGACGUCUGUUAAUAAAAGUUUUACAGUAAGAAUUAUGCCACCCAAAUCCGAUAAUCCGGUAGAUUAUCAAGCAACUUCUGUUAUUAGGAACUCCGGUUAUUAUCGUUUCAAAGACGAAACUUAUGAUACUGUAGCUGAAGAAUACCAGUUGGACAAAUACUCUCAAACCACGAGAGAUUUGGGGAACGUGGGAACUAGAGGCGACUGCUACAAGAGAUGUCGAGAAGCGACGUCACUGGCCUGCAGUAGCUUUUCCUUCUGUACUACGGCCAAAGACAGAACUUGUCGAAUCUCGUCUGUCCUGAUCAGGAAAAAUAACGAAAAGGAUAAAGAAGAACUUGAAGCAAACAGCCAUUGUGAAGUUUAUACAAGAAACUAUCUAAUGUUUUACGACAAGUACGAAGGAAAAGUCUUUCUCACUGGCGGAGACAAGUCUGUUGACGGAACGCGUUCUCCCGCGGAAUGUGCCAAGAAAUGCCGAUCUGAGACCGAGUUUAGAUGCCGGGGGUUUGAAUACUGUGAAGAUAAAAAUAGUUGUGUCCUUCAUAAAAAACACGUGUUGGAUAUUAAUCCAUCAAAUAUGGUGACGGCCAAGGCGACUUGUUCCCAUUAUGCUGCAAAAUUCAUAGCCGACUACCUAGACAUGGGCCGCACCCUCAUAGACGAUAAAGACAGUAAGGUGUUUUCAUCACUGACACUCGAGGAAUGUGCACGUAUGUGUUCUGAACAGCCCGAAUUGAACUGCAAGUCUUUUAAUUACUGUCCUUCCGAGUCGGAGAAGGACGCCACCUAUGCUGAAUGCUCUCUCUCUUCGAAAACUUUGGCAAGCCCUGGAGUUAAGACUAAAGACUCUGUUAAAUGCCAGCACUUUGCUAUGAGGGAUGCUGUGAAUGAUUGGGGCUCCAUCAAAAGAAAUCAAAACGACGACAAAUCAACUACUUCGGGUUACACUGGAGGAGGACUAGCCGCCCUAUUAAUCGGGAUGCUGCUCCUAGGGGUUGUUUUCGGAAUAUGUGCAUUUUUCACAUACUCGUGUUAUAAGAGUCGAAAGAAUCAAGGGACUGGCAUGUCUGUGAAAUUUGUGAAUAGCGGGUCUUAGAUGCGACAUCUUUUUUUUUUUUUUAAUUAUUUGUUUAUUAAACUGACAUCUACAAAAACCUUUAAUUUUCGCUUCGAAAAGUUACCAGAAAUACUGUAAAAAAUUAAAAAAAAGAUAAAAACAAAUUAAAACAUUUCGUUUGGUAAGUAACUACUUCGUAGGAAAAUGUUAUUGUGUUUGGCUACGUACAUGUUGCCUGCAAAUGUUGCCUGAUAGAAAAACACUCGAAAUAUAAACGUUUUUUUGUUUUGUUUUUUCACAAAUGUUGUUAACAGUUAUGUAAACGAUGGAAGACACUUAAAGAACACUUCCAAAGCACUCUUCAGAGCAACACUUGUCUCUUGUCACUACACCAAUAUUUUAUACGUAAAGAUAAUGUAUUUCAACUGACUUAUAGAGGUAAUUAAUUCUGUUUAAGAGAGAUUGGAACCAAAUAUGUUUUGUUAAAGAACACUUAAAGAACACUUCCAAAGCACUCUUCAGAGCAACACUUGUCUCUUGUCACUACACCAAUAUCUUAUACGUAAAGAUAAUGUAUUUCAACUGACUUAUAGAGGUAAUUAAUUCUGUUUAAGAGAGAUUGGAACCAAAUAUGUUUUGUU